AUGCGAAGUACAAGCGAGGAAAUGGACUGCCAACCAUACGACCCAGAAAAUUCUUUUCAUGAGGCCGUGUGUAGGGGGGAGCUGAUAGAGGCCCUGCACCUGCUGGCAAGUAAAAAAUUUAAUAUAAACCAUAGGGACACAGGGAAAAGAACUGCACUCCACUUUGCUUCCUUCUAUGGGCAUGUACAUCUGGUGAAUUUCCUUUUAUUGAAUGGCAGUGAAAUAAAUGCACUUGAUAAGAAGAAGUGUACACCGCUAGUGAAGGCUGUACAGAGCAGAAAGAAUGAGAUUGUCUUUGUCCUCCUUGAUGAAAGAGCUGAUCCCAAUAUUAAAGACAUAAAUGGAGAAUCAGCGAUACACCAGGCAGUGUAUGUGGAUAACCUAGAUAUACUCAGCAAUCUUCUGACGUUUGGGGGAGAUAUUGAAGAUCAAACAAAGGAUGGAUUUACCCCUCUGCUGCUAGCACUCCGAGAAAGGAAGCUCCACAUUGCAGAAUAUCUAAUCACGCAUGGGGCAAAUAUUCAUGCAUGUGAUAAUUAUAGAAGAACAACACUCAUGUAUGCAGUUAAAUGGGAUUCCAAAGAGCUUGUUGACCUCUUAUUGAAGAAAGAUGUUCAACACUCCGCAAGGGACAAAUUUAGAUGGAGUGCCCUGAUGUAUGCAAUUGUGGGGAAACGUCAAGUAAAGACGGCUAUUGUGAACCAUGUGAACUCAGUCCUGUCAAGAAAACAGAAUACAUUCUCAGAUAUUAUUCAGCAAGAUAUUCCUGAGAAUACUCUGGAAAAUAGUGCAGAUGACUUACCAACAGCUUCCACAGAAUAUGAAGAUAUAGAAGCACAGGAAGAUUUGUCAGAAGAACUAGAGUUAGAAACCAUACCAGAUUUAAAACUGGAAGAUGAAGAUGCUUCUGACAAGAAUGAAGGAUAUCAAAACUUGGAAUCUUCCAGAACACCUGACCAUACUUCCAGCAUAGGAAAUGAUGCAGAAAUAAAUGAGAUGAAUCAAGAUAAAGAUGUUUCAGGAGAACUAAAGGAAGAAAUGCCAGCUGCAAAACAAGAAGAGGAGAAAACUUUUGAUAACUUUGAAGAAAAUCAGGAAUUUGUAUGUAAAAUUUAA